AUGGCGAAAGAAACCAAAGACCUGGAAGCCGCCAUCCAUGACCAAACAAAUCUGGUCCCGUUGAAGGAACGAUUGACGAUAUUUUUCACCCUCGCGUUCUGCAUGUUCCUAUGCUAUGUCGACCAGAAUGGAAUCACUGUGCUUUUGCCCAGUAUCGCGAGGGAUCUUAACGCUGCAGAUACUAUCGCCUGGGCUGGCACGUCGGCCCUGAUCGCCAAUACUGUAUUUCAGGUCCUCUAUGGUCGCCUAUCUGACCUCUUCGGUCGCAAAAAAAUCUUCGUUGGAUGUGUCAUAGUAUUGGCUGCUGCCGACUUGGUAUGUGGCCUCACGCCCAACGCAGACGUCCUAUAUGUGUUUCGCGGAAUAUCUGGUGUUGCCAACGGUGGCAUCGUCGCUCUGGUCAACAUGAUAAUGUCCGAUGUUGUGACUCUGCAACAAAGAGGCAAAUACCAAGGUCUCUUCUACCUCAACGCACCUUUGUGUUGUGUAGCUGCGUGCCUUGCUGCAUGGACCUUGCCACAGAGCAUGCCUAAAGUCAACUUCAGGGAAACCAUCGCCAAGAUUGACUGGAUUGGUCUGUUCUUCAGCACCGUUGCCAUUAUUCUUAUACUAAUCGCCAUAUCUGAUGGUGGCCACGGUACACCCUGGGAUUCGGCUGAAACCAUAUCAAUGCUGGUCAUUGGCGGAGUCUGUGCCAUAGCCUUCGUCAUUGUUGAGUGGAAGUUUGCAAAACUGCCAAUGAUGCCACUGGAGAUGUGGAAAAACAAGUCUGUCGCAUGCAUGCUGGUUCAGUCGUUCUUACUCGGCAUGAAUUACUACUCCCUGAUAUACUAUCUGCCGUUGUAUUACCAAAACGUUGGCGGAUACGAUGUCAUGCGAUCUGCGGUUCUCAUCCUCCCUCUGGUCUUUGUGCAAGCAACAUUCUCCGCACUGGGUGGACAGUAUAUGUCGUUCAUCGGCCACUACAUCGAGGUCAUAUUCGUGGGCUUCCUGGUCUGGACUCUUGGUUCAGGCUUGCUCGUCUCUCUCGAUGCCACUUCUCCCGUCGGCCAUAUUUGCGGCUUUAUUAUUAUGGUUGGCUUUGGCUGCGGCUGUACAUUCCAGACCACCAAUACCGCGAUGCAAGCACACUGCCCCAAAUCACAACGCGCAGUCGUCAUCUCAAACCGAAUGCUGUUGCGUCAACUUGGCGGUGCUGUCGGUCUUGCCAUUUGCUCGGCUAUCUCUGGCAACGUGCUUAAAUCAAGUCUGCCGCCCCAUCUUCAAUAUAUUGCUGACUCGACAUUUGCUGUGCCUCCGCUGAAUACCCUCAGCGCUGCCGAUCGAGCUAGCAUCAGCAAUGCGUAUGCGGAUGCCAGCCGAACCGUGUUCAUCUUCUGCGUAGCAGUCAUCGGCAUAGCGCUAUUACUAACCUUCUUGGUCACCGACAAGGGGCUCAAAAGAGAAGAAGACGUCGUCGAAGAAAAAGUGCGCGAGGCAGAAAUGGGACAUACAGAUGACGAUCUGGAGAAUGAGACCGACACCGAAAAGAAACCUAGUAUCACAAGACAAUUUAUUGCAUGGAGGGAUUCGUUGGUAAAGGACGAGAAGAAUGCUGGUGGCACCAAGAGUCCACCUGUGGAACUACAGACACAGGCUAGGGAAAGAACCACUGCAGCCACGAUGUCGAAAAGGACGUUAGAUUCCAAAUAG